UAAAAAAAAGACAAAGACAGAGAAAAUACCAACAGGCAAUAAUGGCAAGAGCGGACAAGUGGUUCACGUAACAUGCCCCUCUGCGUUUUACUAUUUUCGUCGCUCUGCUUUUGCAAAAAACAAAGAAAGUUUUUGUCGUCCGAAAUUGAAUCCGCGGAAAAUGGAAAGUCCGUAUAUUUUCUCCGUACUGAAUUCAAUUUUGCUGCUUGUGAUGAUUCGCCACGUCGGUUCGGGUUCGGUCGUCAAGUCUCUUCCCGGUUUCGAAGGUCCUCUGCCUUUCGAGCUCGAAACAGGAUACGUUGGCGUUGGCGGCGAGGCAGAGGAAGUGCAGCUUUUCUACUACUUCGUAAAGUCCGAGACGAACCCUGAAGAAGACCCUCUUCUGGUCUGGUUAAGCGGAGGGCCCGGUUGCACUUCCUUGUCCGGCUUAGCCUACGAAAUCGGUCCACUGGCUUUCAAGGUCGACGAUUACGAUGGAGGUGUGCCCUCUUUGGCGUCUACAUCGUAUUCAUGGACUAAGAUCGCUAGUAUAAUAUUUUUGGACCAACCUGUCGGAACUGGUUUCUCCUACUCAAGAACUCCUCCUGCUAAUACACCUAGUGACACGAGACAAGCCGAGCAGGUUCACGAAUUUGUUCGAAAGUGGCUAGUUGAUCAUCCGGAGUUUGUCUCCAAUCCAUUCUAUGUCGGAGGAGAUUCUUACUCGGGUAUCAUCGUACCCGCGAUUGUCCAACAAGUCUCAAAAGGAAAUGAACAAGGCUUAGUACCUCUGAUAAAUAUUGAGGGAUAUGUUCUCGGAAACCCUUCAACCGACGAUAGUUUUGAUCACAACUACCGAAUUCCAUAUGCUCAUGGAAUGGGACUGAUCUCAGACGAGCUCUACGAGUCGUUGAAGAGAUGCUGCGGAGGAAAUUACAACAAUGUCGAUCCUAAAAACUCGGAAUGCUUGAGAUUCCUCCGAGAUUACGAUAAGUGCGUCUCGAGGAUAAAUGAGGCGUUUAUUUUGACUCCGUUGUGCGAGUUCGCGUCCCCGAGGCCGAAUCUACCAGAGAGAAGAAGAUACCUCAAAGGACUUGUAAACGCAACUCUUUCGGCCCCGUCUUCUGAUUGCUACACAUAUCGGUAUUUGUUGUCUUCGUAUUGGGCUAACAACGAGACGGUGCGUAGGGCACUUCACGUGGUGAAGGGAAGUGUCGGAAAAUGGGUGAGAUGCAAUCAGGACAUGCCUUAUGACAAAGAUAUCGAAAGCAGUAUACCUUACCAUGUAAACAACAGUAUCAAAGGAUACCGGUCGCUGGUUUUCAGCGGCGAUCACGAUCUCUUUGUGCCAUUCCUCGGGACUCAAGCUUGGAUAAGAUCUCUCAACUAUUCCGUGGUUGAUGACUGGAGGCCAUGGAUGAUAACCGACCAAGUCGCGGGAUACACGAGGACUUACGCCAACGAGAUGACAUUCGCCACCAUCAAAGGUUGCGGCCACACCGUGGAGUACAAACCAGAGGAAGGGUAUGUCAUGUUUCAAAGGUGGAUAACUCGACAGCCUCUGUAAUAAACCUCUCGUCUAUGCCCAAACUUACAUGGAUCAGCGCGGAGAGAGGGAGAAAAAGAAGCAGUUAUCUUCAAUGUCUGUCAAUUGGAAGCCGAAGCAUUCAAAGUAAUGAGACACGACCGUGUUUUGUUUUGUUUUCGUGCUAGUUCGAUAUGUACACCUUGACCAGAAAAACAAAACAAAAGAGACGAAAAUAAAUAAUGGCAAUACUAAUAACAGUAGAGUGUAUGCAA